AUGAUCUAUUUAACAGAAAUUAUUGCAUCUUCAACGUGGAUUGAAACUAUUGCUGGCUCAAAUGACAAUCCCAAAACUUCCUUAGAGUUGCUCGAACAAGCCAAAAGAUCGGAAGCAGCAGCAGCAAUUCAAACACCAGUAACUUCAAUAGCAACGACAAGGACAGUAACAGAAGAAGUGUCUGAAGAAAUGGCUGCUAUUCACCCACACCUCACUCAUCGUCGUCAAUCUUAUCUUCACGGCUCACAACAACCGAAUUACUUUAGUUAUAAUACUCGUGGUCGAAUUCGUCAGCAACAACAAGAAAGAUGGCCAAGAAGUCAGCCUUCAACCCGAUGGUUCGGCCCAUCAUAUCGACAGAAACAUCCAGACUAUUAUUCGUCAUCAACUGAAUGUUACUCAUGUGGUAAACCCGGUCAUUUUGCUCGUGAAUGCCGAUCUAGCCGUGCAAAUUACUACCCAAAAGCUUAG